AUGCUAAGUAACCUCCUACACAACACAUUCAAAGUUCUUAGUCAUAUACACAUUGCUGGUAUAUUCGCAUGGUCUGAUUCUACUGCCUGUCUUCAAUGGAUCCAAGUUCAGGGAAGAUAUAAACAAUUCGUGGCCAAUCUUGUAGAGAAAAUAAAUGAGAAGGAAGAAAUCGUUUGGAAAUAUGUACCUAGUAAAGAGAAUCCUGCGGAUAUCGGUAGUCGGGGAUCAAGUGACUUGGAAACUAAUGAAAUGUGGAUGAGCGGUCCUUCAUGGCUGAACAAUUCCGACAGCUGGCCAGAACAGAUUGUUGCUAAACCUUCUGAUGUGUCGGAGGCCGAAAGUCGCACACAUUCAAGACC